AUGCCACAUUCCCAAUUUCCACAAAGCAACAUUGCUAAAUUCAGUGGCUAUGACCCAAAUAAAUACGCGUUGGAUGAAAUCUCGCCAACUAUAACGGCUGAUGAAAGUUUAACACCUAACCAGCCACCUCGGUUGACCCAGAAAACAGUCAAUAAGUUCCUUCGGCCUUUGACAAAAGAAUUGGAUGAAUUGCCACCGAGACCCACUAUAAAUGAGCUACCUGAAACUGUAAUCGACAAAAUGGUUCUUAAAGAUAAAGCAUUCUGGGUGGACAAACCAGGUAGUAAUUCUUACACGCUCCAUGAUGCUUAUUAUAAUUAUGGUAUGACCACAGAGAAAGUAUUGCCUCCUCAUCAAGAUGUAUUUCCUCGUUCCUAUCAGUACGACCUUGACUGUGUCAAGUAUCGACGCCAACACGCCUGCGAUGGUUUAAAGCAAACUCUGAAUUUCCAGAAACCUUUGGCUGCUCAUUGUCGCACGUGCACAAAGAAAGUAACUACAAAAGCAAGCACGUCAUACGAAGCUGCUUCAGAUUCAACGCAGAGGCGUUGGCGGUACUAUCCUGACCUAACAGCUCGUUUGACGCCUGUACAGACACGCCUUUUAAUGAACGAGGUGGGGCGGCCAUUCAAACACGAAGCUUGCAAUUGGUACUACGAGAACUAUCCACCAAUUAAAUAUAAUUGUAUCAUGCGUAAAUUCUCAAAGUAGUUGUUACUUUCUGAAUUUUUAUUUUCCAAACAUUAGGUACCUACAUCGUUUUA